UAAAGUUUCCUUUUAUUUAAUUUAAUCCAACUUUCCAAAACCUAAAAGGUAUCAGCUUUAGAGACUAGUCCUCUCUCUAUAUAUAUAAUUAAUAAUUAGUGGUUUUGUGUUAAAACCACGAACGAUGGCAGAAACAACAAGCGGUGAAGUAGAAGAAAGGAUGUGGUGUGGUCACUGCUGUGUUAAAACUCCUAUUCGUCGUGAAGGCAACAACGGUUCUGUCAAGUCGUGUAAUUGGUGUGGAAAAGUGUUAGCAGAUGAGACUGGAACCGUUGAGGAAUAUAAUCAACUUUUUCUUCGACUUCAAGCUUUACAAAAUUAUGUUUCUGUUUCCAACAAGAGGAGGACUCGGCGUAUCAUGAAACAACAAAACUAAUAAUUUUUACUUUUUUUAUUCUAUUUUUCUGUUAGGAGUUGGAGGAACAUAUAAAUCUGUUUAUUUUCGUUGCUAGAUGAAAUACUUAUAAGGAUAUAUGUAAAUCUUUUUAGGAUAUUAUUAUUAUAUAUAUUAUUAGAUAUUGUAUAUAAAUUUCGUUUUUUACAUUACAUAGUUCCUUUUUCACAUUAGAACUAUUUCUUUGUGUAAAUAUUUAAAUAUAGAGAUAAGAAGCUCAAAAGAAACAAGGCACAGAACAAGAAGUCAAAAACAAGAAAUUUGAAUAGGUGUAGAAAAUCUUCGAAUGCCAAACUCAAAAAAUCAUUUUUUUUUUGCUGUGAGGCCCGUGGUGCAAAAUCGGACGCCCGUGGUGCAAAAUCGGAUGGUUAAAAAGAAUUUUCAAAACGCGAUAUAACUCCUUUUUUUUCUCUCUCAAAAUGCGAUCCCUCUCCUUCUCCCUCCACCGUCGCCGAUCUCGGCGCCGGUCCCCACCGCCUCUCAUGGGCAAAUCUAAGGCCAAGAAAAAAUCUCCUCGCGGUAUCCCCACUGGAUCCGCAACUUCUGUUUCUUCUGAAUCGAAAAGUCCACCGACUAAGUCUCCUCAAUCGGGUGGGACUGUUCCUUCCCAACCUAAUUUGAUUGAGUUGCCUGCUUCUUCCGAGAUGUCAGCCAACAAUUGCUCUCCGGUUCCCUGCAAAUCACCUGUUUUGAUGGUCGCAGAUGCAGCAAUCGAAAACCCUAGAUCUACAAAUUCAGGGGAAACAACUGCUACGGAGAUUCUUUCAAAUCAUGUACCAGAUCUAGCAGUACCUGUCGACAUUGGUGCCAAUACCGCCAACAAAUCCUCUCUGGUGACUCCAUCACACCCCCUGGCUGUGACUACGACUCCCCAGCAGACAGAAGAACACCCCUGGAAAGCUCUAGUAAAAGGUAACAAUAUACAACUAGAGAAGAAAGGUUCUCUGUAUGUUCUUGAAUCUGGUGAAGCUUGUGUAACCAUCCCCAACUCGGUAAUAGAAAAGAACAAAAAGGCUUGGGAUAGUUUCAUCCUUGGCCAAUUCUAUGAAGAACCGCCUCAUCGUGGAGCCGUUCACGCUAUCGUCAAUGGCAUUUGGAGUAGACAACGCCGGGAUAUCACGGUAUCCAAAAUGGAGGGUCACUCGUUUCUCUUCAAGGUUCCAUGUCCUAACGCUAGACGUCGCAUAUUGAGUCAGAGCUUAUGGCAAGUGGAUGGACAAACUAUGUUUGUAGCAAAGUGGUCGCCUGAUAUCACCCCCAAGAAGCCCGAGCUCUCCAUGGUCCCUGUUUGGCUUGAUUUUCAUGGUGUGCCCCUGGAGUUCUUUAACAGGGAAGGGUUGGAGCACAUUGCUGGUUUGGUUGGACAUCCAGUAUGCCUUCACCCGCAAACAGAGAAACUCACAAACAUUGAGGUCGCCAAGGUCUACACGGUAAUAGAUCCCCGAAAGCCCCUCCCUGAAGCUGUCAAUGCGAGAUUUGAAUCUGGUCAGAUCAAGCGUAUACGAGUUUCUAGUCCCUGGCUUCCUGCUCUAUGCAGUCAUUGUAACUCGGUGGGUCACACUGUCUCCCGAUGCACCAAAGCACCUCCAACUUGCACUGUGUGUGGAUCAGUGAAACACAACACAGAUUCAUGCCCUCGGUCCAAGAAAAACAAGAGAAACGGAAAGCUUCCCAUCCAAAGUCAACUCCCAAUUGUUGAUGUCAGUCCAGCGACAGUGCCUCCGGUCUGCAGUGAAAACAUCAGUUCAAGGGACGAAGUAUGGCUUCUUCCCAAAUCUGCUAAGCAGCAUGUAAACUGUGGCAAUACAAGCAAAGGGGUGGUAAACACAGUGGAUAGACCACCCUUAUCUGCCUCUAAGCCCAUCCCCAAGAGUAUAUCAUCAACAACUGCCCUGCCGUUAGAUGAGGGUAAGCUUUGUGUUGACCUAACUGCAAACUUAUUCUCUCACUUAUCACGCAAUGUGGAGGAUGGUGACACCCAGGCAUCAGACUCCGACCAGGACAGUAUGUCCGCUGAGGAUGAUAACCCAGAAGCUGGGUCAGAUAGGUUUCUAAAGGUUAUAUCCAAACGCAUGCUUAAGAAGAAAGACACAAGAGCUAGGGCUGGAGGCCCUUCAAUCCUCUAAUUUCAUAUCCCUUUAAUGGAUAUUUUUUGUCGUAAUGUAAGAGGCUUUAAUGACCCUAUAAAACGAAGAAGCUUUAAAAAGUGGAUAAAGGUUCAUAAACCUUUUUUUGGUGGGAUCAUUGAGACCCACAUUCAA